AUGGUGUUUAACGUCGCAUCCAUGGUGGAACGCUUGCAAGUACAAGCAGUCUCCGACCAGCACUAUCUCGAGGACUGCCUCAACGUGUUCGGAGCCGUCGCUGACGAAGACGACGCCGUCGUUGUGACCAAUAACCCUGUGAUCGACAAGGUCCUUGAGGAGGGUGGUGCUGAUAGCUUCCGCACAUUGACCAACUUCACGCCAGCUGAGUUUGAGACAAUCUGGGGAUUCGUUGAGGCACCGCUAUGUGCUCGAUGGAUGGACGGCCGAGGCAGGAAGCCAAAGACGACGCCACAAGACGCCCUGUUCAUGACGUUGGUAAUCCUAAAGCACUACCAGACAUGGGACAAACAUGCAGUCGACUUCGACCUAAAGGCCCCAACAUUGGAGAAGAUUAUCAUGCGUGUUAUCGACAUCGCCUCCCCUGCUCUGUACGAAGCCUUCGUUACGAUGCCUACCAUGCAAGAACUGAUGGACCGCGGUACUACCUUUGCGCACUACCCGUACGCGAAGUACGCUACUGACGUCAAGUUCCAGCCGUCGCACCGACCGUCGGGGCGCUUUGGGGAACAGAAGCACUACUACAGUGGCAAGCACAAGCUCUACGGCCUGAAGAUUGAAGCGUCAGUGUCUCCUCAAGGACUGCUGGUCGAUAUGAGCCCGCACGAACCUGGUUCAGUGCAUGACUUGACCGUGUUCCGCAACCGCCACGACUUGCACGUCUCCGCACUGUCCAAGCGCCCUGAGGAAGUACAAGUCAACGACAACGGCGAACAGUUCCAGACUCACCCAGCCAUGUGGGCUGUUCUCGUGGACUUGGGGUAUGUGGGUCUGUCGCACACGAUUCGUGCCAUCCACCCAAAGAAGCGGCCUGUGCGGGGAACCCUUGACCGCGCCGACCUUGACCGCAACGCUGCUGUGGCUUCGCACCGCGUCAUCGUGGAGAACUUCUUUGGUCGCGUCUGUCUCCUGUGGAAGAUAUCACUCAGUACGUACGUUUGGGAUCACAAGUUCUUCGACGGAAUUCAACGUCUUACCUUUGCGCUCACCAACUUCCACCUUGGCCUCAUGCCGCUGCGCGAGGAUAACCAACACCAGUACCGUUCGGUACUGGCUCGGUAUGCGCGUAUGGCGGAAGAGAAGAGGACCGCCCGAGCCGCGACCCAACGGCGCUACGUUCAAAGACGCGCUGAACGGCUGGCCACUGACAUGUUGCGGUCUUCCUUUGCAGCGC